GUGUACCGGUCACCGCUGUGCCCAGGAUACUUAGCAGAAAUGUCAACGGCACAUUGGUGCAGACGUCCGUGCCGCAGAACGAGGCCGAGCUGCAACUGUACAGAGUGAUGCAGCGUGCCUCCCUGCUGGGAUACUACGACACACUUCUCGAGAUGGGAGGCGAUGACGUGCAACAGCUGUGCGACGCGGGCGAAGAAGAGUUCCUGGAGAUCAUGGCAUUGGUGGGCAUGGCAAGCAAGCCACUUCACGUCAGGAGGCUUCAGAAAGCUUUGCAGGAAUGGCUCACUAAUCCCUCGUUGUUUCAAACGCCGGUUGUGCCGACGAACGCCGCUGCCGCCGCCGCUGCUGUCGCCGCCGCCGCAGCGGCCGCCAAGACCUCCCAGACCUCCCUGACACCGACGUCCUACGUGUCGACAACGCCCCACAUGCCGCUGACACCCCUGCCCUGUCGAAGCGCCAGCCCGGUCGUGCCGGUCACCAGUGUGUCGGCAUCGGCGUCCUCCACGACCUUCCGCCAGAGCCCGAGUCCGAACACGUCCUUACCUUACACGACUACUCAUAGCCCCAAUGUGUUACAGGUAGGAACGUGCGAGUCUUCGUGUGGCAGCGGAACCACGCCAAGUCCAAGUGGUGGUGGCGGCGGUGGUGCACCUGCGAGUCCGACGCAGCCAACGCCGACCCUCCUGCAAUCACAGGUGCAGCGACUCGCCGAGGCUGCGGAGAGACUCGUCGCUACCAUAAGGCCCCUCGAUCCCAAACCUCACAACGUGAAGAAAAAACUCUGCAAGAAGUUAGAGGUGGUAAUGACGAUGUCCGAUAGUGAUCCGCGCAAAAUGGACGAAAUCCGAAAGUACGCGGCGAUUUACGGAAGAUUCGAUUGCAAGAGAAAGCCGGAAAAGCCUUUGACGUUGCAUGAGGUGUCGGUGAACGAAGCCGCGGCGCAAAUCUGCAGAUUCGUGCCUGCCCUCCUCACUAGGAGAGAUGAACUAUUCCCUUUAGCGCGUCGUGUCGUUCGUGAUUCCGGUUACCAUUACUCCAAAAGCCAAUACUUAUCAAUGUCGAGGCCGCGUGAGAAUGGGGAGGAAACCGAUGGCUCGAAACGUCAAAAACUCGAGUUGGAGGGUGAGGGUGAGGGUGAGGACGCGACGCAGGAGGAGUUAGAUCUACGCUGUUCUGGAACGGAUAUUAACAAUUCUAUUACGAGAAGACAUAGGUCGUCGAGUCCAGUCUGGAGGAAGAAGAAUAAUAACGGUAUAUUCAGCGCUAGCGUGGAAGAAAUUAGUGACUCGGAUAGCCAAUUUUCCUUUUCUAACGAGGAAUCUUCGUCUAUGCAUGACACAAACGAGGCGGAGGCUGAGAACACCGACAAAGAAAGCGAUUUCAAUCUAAAGGUGAUAGCCUCGCGUGGAGACAACAUAAUCGCCGUGGCGAAUCCUGCGCUAAUGGAAUGCAGCCAUCCUAUAAAAGAGGAACCCGCGGACGAGAAACCCACACUGUGAUAUUAUUACUUAGCGUUUACUGCCGCUACCAAUGUUACGGCGAUGUGAAUGACGGCAUCUCGCCGAUCAUCGCUGU